UUGGAUGGAAACAUGAAAGCUAGACAAAAUCCAACUAGGGAUGGCUAAAAACUAUGCUAUAGACUAUGGAAGUAUAUAUAUACUAAAGAAACCAAAAAUGAGGUGUUAUUGAAAGAAACAAGACAUGCUGGUUCCUGCAGGUUAUUCUAAAAAAAGUAGAGAACUGGCACGUGAACAUAUUGAGAUUCUCAAGCAAGAAGACCACAAUAAUAAGGUUGCAAGGAAGCAAAAAAUUAAAGAGUUAUCGCAACAAACCAAUGCGAUAAGAAAAAAGCUUGAACAUAGAAAGAAAGCACAAGAUGAUGAAGAAGAAGCAAGAAGACAAAUUAUUUUAAAGAGCAGAAAGUUGAAGCAACAACUAGCAACUGAAAAGUUUCAACGUGUUCAUGACCUCAAACAUCAUCCUUCAAAGACUCAUUAUAAAAGACAAGGUUCGUCUAGUGGAUUAAAGGAUGGAAAGUACAAAGUCAGAGGGCACGUUAUCGAAAUUCAAAAUGGCGUUCGUGUGAACUCUGCCAGAGAAAAGAAAGACACCUCCCAAGAAAAUGUCGAUGGCUUGAAAAUGUCACCAAUCUUUCAAAACAGCGUUUACGCACCGAAUUCGUAUCUGUCUUCGCAUUUGUCGAAUCUCCUCAGUGAUAACAUGUUUCAUAACUCUUCAGAUAAAAAGCAUGAUGCACAAAAUGAUAAUUCGUUUCAUUCUAGUAUAAUACAAGAUUUUAAUCAAAAUCAUAUUUCUAAUCAAGCUAUUUUUAACCCAGACUUACGCCACACGGAGCAGACACCUCUUGUUAGUGUCAACAAUGAAGUCAGCUCACCCACUGACAGUGUUUGCAGUGACGAUAGUUUAAACGAAGAACGGCUUUUAAGGAGCAGUUUAAAAAGCGCCCGUGUAAGAGCAGCCUUAGAUUCAAGUCAACGAAAAGUUACGUUCUCAAACAGCAUCGAAUUCAAUGAUGGUAAAACUGAACCUCUCGUCUCGAAAAUGACUGAUCGAAUUCCCCUUUACAAACGCAUUCAGAGAAAUGAGACGUCUAACAAUUUCCAGGAGAAAAAAAGAGAAUCGAAUUCUUAUAUUAUAACCACAGAAGGUAUGCUUGACUUAUUGAGACAAGAAGCAUUGUUGCCUCGAUAUCCAAUGAACGGUGAUUAUAAUUACCCCGAAUCACUACCUUCUCAAAACAACGUAGCUGUUGUAACGCCUUUGAUGUCCAACCAAGUUAACCCGCAAACGCAGGUCGUUAGCCAAGCAUCAGUUGAACCUUCUUCAAGCAGUUCUUCUGCAAUGACUGAUGAUUCGCUUAACUCGAAAGAUAGUUUAAAUUCUGUCAAGAAAAAUGAAAGUGGGGAGGAUUCGAUAAUCAAAGGUUCUAUAGUCGAACCUAUUGAAAAUAACAAUAGCGAUCUGCCUAUAAAUAAAUUACAAAACGACGCACUUUUUGAUAGCUCAAAGGGUUUUGUACCUGACAAUGUCAAUACAGUCACCACUGUCAAUACCGUGCAAUCAAUGCAGCCUAACUCUAACGGGUACUAUGACGCUGUCAAUAAUAAUAAUUUCUCUGUUCCUUAUACAUUAUCAAACACGCAUACAAUAACUACUGAAUCACAAAAUAAUAUCGAAUCACAGCCCUAUCAUAAUCCAUUAAGUUAUUCAGAUUACGAUCAAGGUAACCAUAUUCCACAUGCGAAUAAUGAACGUGCGAAUAACUUGUUGCCUUAUCCGACAGAGGAAAUGGAAAGGAGAUAUUUCUCACACAUGCCUUCUGCUAAGACUGAGGAUUUGUAUUCUUCGUAUAAUUUUAGUUAUGGACCUGUUGAUAGUUAUAACGAUAUAUCUUCGCGAUUAAAACCGGCUGUAUCGAUGCAACAUCAACACACUCACUCGCAACAGCAGCAUCAACGAAAUUAUGGAGUAGAUCCAAUUGCUUUAAAUAAUUUGUUAAAUCCUGCAUCAGAUGCUGCAAGUCAGGAUACACUAGUAAGAAAUGACAUUAACACCCAGAAAUUAAAUGUAGAACAUAAAAAUACAAACUCGAACUCAAAUACGAUGUGUCUCAGUACUAUAAUAAAUAUUCCAUCAGAUUCACUUGAUGUUGAUAAUCAGCCUUGCGCAAAAGCAGAAGAGAUGAUAUAUUCGCCGCUUUCAGAUCCAUACUCUUCUUUAUAUAUAUCGUACCAAAAUUCCAGGGAUGAUCAUCUCAUGAGCAAUGGACAACCACAACAAUCAAGUAUAGCACAAAAGCAACACCAAAUCAUACAGCCAAUACAACAACAGCAACAACAACAACAGCGGCAAAAUGAGCAAAAACAACAAAUACAAGAUCAUGUCGUUGAAACGAACCAAAAUAUGAAUAUUAAAAGUCAAUACAAAGAAAAAAACAUUGAAAAAGACAUUAAUAGAACCCAAUUAUUUGAUCAGGCGCAAGAUAUCCCUGAUCCAUCUGUUGAGGCGAGCAAACUGUAUUACCAUCCGAGUAUACAUCAAUCCUCGAGACGAGAGGGUCCUUCUUUGAACGACAGUAUCAAUAAAAAUAAAUACAGAGUGAAGAAGAAUAUAACGCAACCUAAAAAGACACCUUCCCGACAAAAUUCUGUCGAUAACAAAGUUAUUUCCGAAGCUCACCGUAAAACAAAACCACAUAUAAAUCAAAGUGAUGUGAAUAAAUCUAAUGAUAAACAGUCUAUUGAUAACACUAAGCUUAAUACAUCAACUAAUAAGUACAAAGCUAAAGGCGAUACCUCAAAGGAGCAAAAUGAGAACCAUAGUAUAGAUUUUAAAAGCAAAGACAAAAUUUAUGAAGAGGUGGAACGUAACCUUGCUCAGUUGACAUUUGAAAACAGUCGAAAUUUGGUUGAUGACGAGAACAACAAAUGUCUACAACAAAUGCCUACACCUAGUAACCAUCUGGAAAGUGAAAACCUGAGCGACCUUGAAGGCGUACAACGGAGAAAGUUACAACAUCAUAAUAUUGCUGCUGACGAUAAAAUCAAAGAAGCAGUCAGAGAAGGUACAGCCAUACCAAUUCGUGUUCAUUCUAUACCAGCUAGACGUGGCCGUGUUAUCGUUAGUGCCGACUCCAAGAAACGCAAACCCGUUGGGAACUUUUUUCCGCAUCCUCCAUCGAAUCCGAAAAAUGAUCUUACUUCAAAUAACAUUCCUAAUGAAAACUUAUACGGUAUCGAGUAUAAAGUUUCACGAAACACGCAAGAUACUGAUGUAAACAAUAUACGGAAUGUGUCUCAUCAGAGAACUAUUAGCGCAACACCUGUUAGAAAUCAAAAGCCACCCCGUCCAGAAAACCAUCGAACACGUUCAAGCACUUCUGACAACAGAAAUCGGCAAAGAUACACAGAGCAUGUCAAUAACUUAACGGCUCCUGUGGCACAUAUUGCGUUGGAUAAAACACCGACUGACGACGAAAUCAACAAGCUGUGGGCAAACGUACGAGAAUGUCUUCGGUCUGAAACACCUGAUCAUGCCAUGUCGGACAGUGUAUACACGAUUAACGCCCAUUCACGUCAGCAGAGAACAUUUUCAGGUUCGUCCUUCAGCCGACGUUCAACGAACAAACUACAUCAUGACUCUUUAUAUCGCCAAAACUCUUUCGACAGUGUGAGCAGUACAGGUAGCUAUGCGAAACGUCAAGCUUUGCUUCCUCAGAGAGCAAGCCGUAUGAUAAAAAGCUCUGUGAAAAAUGGACUAGAACGCGAAGUAUUUAAUGGCAGUUCCAUGGACAGACAUACUAACAAAUCUAAUGUGAUUGAUGAAUACCGAAAUAUCACAUCCAGCAUGGCAUCGUUUAUGGCUUUGGAAGAACUUUGUGCAAAGCAGUCGUUAUCGCCACGUCAAACUGAGGCUGUGUUUGUAGCAUCGAAACGAUUGCAACGAAAGCAAAAUGGACAGCAUACUGGUAUGACAGCUUUAUCAAUUGAAGAGCGUUGUGUAAUGGAAUCACUUGAUCGAAUAAAUAAACGUUUGGAAGAACAAGAAAAUUUGAAGAUUGGUGGAAGAAACAAAAGUUUGUCCCAUUCAAAUCGCUCUACCAGGCAUCGCAAAGAUUACGACAAGUAGCCGUCGUUUCAAGAAACAAAAAGGCGUCACGUACGACGCACGCUGAUUCAUGAUCACAUGUCAGAAAAAAACUGUCAUCGAAUACCAAAAAAGAAAAUAGAAUUACUUGGGAUAAUUAUUAGAAAUUUUUAUUCCCUUUUUUAACAGCAAUUUUUUUAAUAAUUCUUUUCGCGUAUUACAGAAGUUUAUCAGUUUAAAACUUAAUUAGUUUUCCAUGGUCACAUGCCCUGAUUUGUCACUGGCAUUUUAAAGAAUUCUGAAAAAAAUUACACUUGUUUUUUUCUGUUCACAAAUACCUUGUAUUAUUCUAUAAAUACUACUGAAUAUGUAAAUAUAUUUAAUAUAAAAUUCUGUAGCAAAAUUAUGUAUUUAAAUGAACUUUUUCAUUGACUUUCGAACCGUCCUUUUCACGCUUUUUU